GAGCUCGACAAAAUCUUUGUGGUACAUCCCCUCUCGAACGUGCAGCGCGUCUGUAGCGCCCCAAUUGUUCCAGAUUAGUUAUGGAAUUGUUAUUAUUUUUUUUAUUUGUCCGGAUUUAUUUUUUUUGUACUCGAUUUUUUUUUUAUCGAAUGUACCUAUAUAUGCUUUAUGUGAUACCGGGGCCACACAUUCCUUCAUCUCUCGUCAAUGCUUGGAGUCACUGGGAAUCCCUAGUGUUAGUAGAUUUGAUGCACUCGAGGUUUGUCUGGCUUCGGGAAAGACGAUCUCUACCGACACGAUGGUACAUGGACUUGAAAUUUCGAUCGGAGGCCAAUCGUUGGAGGCAGAUGCUUAUAUCAUCGACAUGCAGGAUUUCGACGUCAUCCUCGCCAUAGACUGGCUCAUCCAUUACC